UAGCAAUUCUAGUGAAUUGAUGGAAGAAGAAACCCAAUACAAACCAGUUAUAAAGUUUGUAAACAUAUAAAUAAAUUAAAUUGAAUUUUAUUAAGUAUAUAUUUAAAAACAAAGCAAAGCGUGUCUAUAUAUAUGUAUAUAAAAUAUAUACCGAUAGACGAACAAAAUUGUGCUACGAAAGGAUACAUGGUUUUAAGUUUUUAUUAAUGGAGAUUAAAUUGGAAAUUUAGCCAUGAAUAUUCUCCCAAAAAAGAGAUGGCACGUUCGGACGAAGGAUAAUAUAGCACGUGUUAGAAAGGAUGAGGCUGCCGCACGCGAGGAAGAAAGAAAAAAGCAAGAAAAAUUAGAAUUUGCGGAAAGUGAAGCACGCAUAAAUUUUUUGCGAAAGCGAUCGGGCUUACCCGAAAAACACAGUGAUGCUCCUGAGUCCGACGAGAUAAAACUUUCAAUACAUGAGGAAGAGCCAACAUCAAGUGGUCAUGUCAAUCUUUUUGCAGACUAUAAAACGCAUGUUAAAACAACGAAUAAGGAUUUGGAGAAGGAAAAGAAGGAAGAACAGGAAAAAUAUGAAAAACAAAUUGGUUAUUUGACUUAUCUGGGUCAAGAUACCAACGAGGCCUUGCGUUUAAAAAGUUGGUAUGAAAUUGCCCCAAAACGAGUGGAUGUUGGAGACGAAAGAGAAGUUGUAGAAAAGGAUAUGAAAACCAAAUACAAUCAGGAUCCACUAACGUUGAUAAAUGCUCUCCUGCCUCCAGAGCCAAAAACCGAAACAAAAGCUACCAAAAUAAAACGUAAAAGGAGUCAAAGUCCAGAUUUACCAAAAAUCACAAAUGACAUUUCUAAGGAUACCAAAAAGCACACAAAACACAAAAAAGAACGUAAGAAACACAAAAAGGAGAAACAUAAAAAACGUCACAAAGAUCACAAGGAGAAGAGACGGACAUCGGGCGACCACAGUGAGGAGGAAGCAUUGAAAAAACGCUUGAAACUAGAGCAGAUGAGAAAGGAGAGACUGCGACGAGAAUUGGCGGAAAAAGAAAGGCAGGAUGCUUUGCUGGCCCCCAAAGAAAGCACAAAACAAGCAAUAGAUGUUGCACCUACACCUCGUGUGGUUCAGAAAUACAAUAGUCAAUUUAAUCCCGAAUUGGCGAAACAAAAUAUGAAUUAACAACUAGAUGUUUUGUAAAGCUAUAUAAUAACAUAAUACUUAGAUAUGCAAAUGAAUGUUUCCAUUAUCACA